AUGGCCGCGACAUUGACGUCAGCAGGAGGGCUUAUUUCGCUCCUCGACGAGGACGAGCGCGAGCUUCAGUACUACGGCCUUGUGCAGCUGAACGAGGUCAUGGGCAAAUUCUGGGCCGAGAUUUCCGACGCAAUUUCAAAGAUCGAGGUUCUGUACGAGGACGAGACUUUUGAGCACCGCAAGCUGGCAGCCCUAGUCGCAUCCAAGAUCUACUUCCACCUGGGUGCAUUUGACGAUGCGCUGUCGUUUGCGCUGGGUGCCGGCGAGCUGUUCGACCUGACAGAAAACUCGGCGUUCGUGCAGACUGUGGUCAACCGCGCCAUCGACAAGUACAUUGAGCUGCGCGAGUGGCAGAAGCCCAUUGACGACAAGCUAGCGGCUGUGUUUGAGCGCAUGGUUGAGCGCUGCUUCGAAUCCAAAGAGUUCGGCCAGGUCAUCGGCAUUGCGAUUGAGGCGCGGCGGCUGGAUCUGCUGGAGCGCGCGCUGACCAGCGGCAACACAAAGCAGCUGCUGGCAUAUGUGCAGAAUGAGUGCGUCGACUACAUCGGCAGCAUUCACCUGCAGAGCCGCGUGCAGGAGCUGUUGGUCAAGGUCUACACACAGUUUGAGAACCCCAACUAUGAGGCCAUCUGUCAGAACCUGGCCAAGCUCAACAACCCGUCCAAGACCGCCGAGAUUCUGACAAACCUGAUCCAGUCUGGAGAGAGCGGCAUUCUGUCGGCAUACCAGAUCGCCUUCGAUCUGAACGCCAACUCGUCACAGGACGACGCAGCCAAGUCCGAGGCCGAGGGCGUGGUGGCGGCGGUGACCAAGGUCCAGGCUAUUUUGAGCGGCGAGGAGUCGCUCAAGCUGAACCUCGAAUCCUUGGACUCGCGCAGCUCGCUCGCCCACAACGCCGUGACGCUGUCGAAUGCCUUCAUGCACGCUGGAACCACGAUCGACAAUUUUUUGCGCGAGAACCUCGAUUCUCGGCCACAGCUGCCUCUCGGUGUGAUCCACCAGGGCCAGACCCGGAACGGCUUCUCGUUGCUCGAGCCUUACCUGCCCGAGGACUCGGUGUCGUCGUCGCCGUUCUCUGAGGGCGGUGCUUUCUAUGCGCUGGGUCUGAUCAACGCCAGCCACGGCAGCGACCGCGGCCAGAAUGUCGAGAUUCUGCAGCACGGCGCCAGUCUCGGUCUCGGUGCUGCCGGCCUGGGCUCGGGCAGCGAGGAUGUCUUUGAGGCGCUCAAGAUUGUGCUGUUUGCUGACAGCGCUGUGUCCGGCGAGGCUGCUGCUAUUGGCAUGGGUCUGGUCAUGAUGGGCACUGGCCACGAGGAGACGAUCAAGACCAUGCUCAUGUACGCCCGCGAGACGCAGCACGAGAAGAUCAUCCGCGCUCUGGCUGUCGGGAUGGGCCUGGUCAUGUUUGGCCGCCAGCAAGAAGCCGACUCGCUCAUUGAGCUGCUGGUCGAGGAGGAGGACCCGCUGCUCCGUCUUGGCGCCGUCCAGAUGACGACUAUGGCAUACACGGGCACUGGCGACAACAACGCCAUCCGCCGCCUGCUUCAUCUGGCUGUCUCUGACGUUAACGAUGACGUGCGCCGCGCUGCUGUGACUGGCCUCGGCUUCCUGCUGCUGCGCAGCCCCGAGCAGGUGCCGCGCAUGGUGCAGCUGCUGUCGGAGAGCUUCAACCCGCACGUGCGCUUUGGUGCCACGCUGGCUCUGGGCAUUGCCUGUGCCGGGUCCGGGUCCAAGGCUGCCAUUGCGAUCCUGGAGCCGAUGCUCAAGGACUCGGUUGAUUUUGUUGUGCAGGGCGCCUGCAUUUCGCUGGCCUUCAUCCUGAUCCAGCAGAACGAAGUGUACGAGCCCAAGGUCGCCGAGGUGCGCAAGCGGUUCACCGAGCUCAUUGAGACCAAGAACAUUGAGCCCGCUGCCCGCUUCGGUGCUGCCAUUGCCCAGGGCAUCAUCAACGCUGGUGGACGCAAUGUGGCCAUCGGCCUGACCAGCCUCGACGGGCAGCUCAGCAAGUCGGCCUGCGCCGGUAUGCUGCUGUUCACGCAGUUCUGGUACUGGUUCCCGCUGGCGCACUUCUUGUCGCUGUCGUUCAAGCCCACUGCGCUGAUCGGCGUCAACAAGGACCUGCGCGUGCCUGUUCUCGAGGCGACCUGCACGGGACGCAAGUCGCUGUUCGAGUAUCCGCCCAACAUCGAGCAGCCGGUUGCGCAGGCUCCGACGAAGGUGGCUACGGCGGUGCUGUCGACCACAGCCAAGGCCCAGCGCCACGCAAAGAAGGUCGAGGUGUCGGCUGGCGAGGGGUCGUCCAGCUCUGCUGCUGGCAGUGGCGCGCCCGCUGCCGAGGGCAUGGAUGUUGAUGGUGCUGCGGCUGCUGCUCCCAAGACGCCUACCAAGAAGACACGCCGGCAGGGGCCCGAGUCAUUUGCCGAGUCGCUGCAGGGCCGCAUGUCGGGGAUUCUGGUGCUGCGGGACACGACGCCUGACGAGCCCGAGAACCUGAUCGACAGCGUGAUCAGUGCUGGCCCCGACGACGAGUUCAUGGAUGCCGAUGACGGAGCCAACACGGUGCAGCCGCCCGAGCCGUUCGAGUAUCCGUUCGACAACGACACCGCCUAG